AUGAGUUCCGGAUCUCCCCCAAGUUCCAAGCCGUCGGCCAUUCCAUCCCACAUGUUGAAUGGUAGCUCCCCGCUACAAUAUCCAGCCGGGAGUCGGGAUGCCCGUGAGCGUGAGAGUCUUAAUUCUUCUAUUCGUACCUCAUUUGAGCCGCGAAUCCCUCUUGAACUCGAAUCACAAAUCCAGCCCACUGGAACUGGAGCCGACUCCACUGAGCCCACGCCCGUUUCCACUGUCUCGGUGCCAAUUCGCAGCGUGGCGCCAGUGCGCCCGACCCUGCGCGACCCUCCCCGCCAUAUCCGCGAUGAAGGUGGCCCAUUGACCCCUCCCGCCACCGUCAGCCGUCCCGCCAGUCCCUACACAUUGAACCCGCCCAUUGACUUUGAUGGUCUCAGCUGGCCCUGUCCUGGAACUAGAGAGCGUAAAGAAGCGACCCCGGAACAGACCGAAGAACGACUUGACAAGCUCUCUGGAGCCAUCCGGACAAUUCUCGAAUGCAUCGGAGAAGAUCCGGAGCGUGAGGGUCUCCGCGAGACUCCCAUGAGAUAUGCCAAGGCCAUGCUUUACUUCACCAAGGGCUAUGAGGAGAAUGUGCGGGAUUUGGUCAACGGUGCGGUCUUCCACGAGGAUCACGAUGAGCUGGUAAUUGUCAAGGACAUUGACGUUUUCUCGCUGUGCGAGCACCACAUGGUCCCAUUCACUGGAAAGAUGCAUAUUGGAUACAUCCCUGACCGCCGUGUGCUUGGCCUCUCCAAGCUAGCCCGUCUAGCAGAGAUGUUUUCCCGCAGACUUCAAGUCCAGGAGCGCCUGACCAAGCAAGUUGCCCUGGCAAUCUCCGAAGUCCUCAAGCCCCGUGGUGUCGGUGUUGUCAUGGAAUCUUCUCACCUUUGCAUGGUUAUGCGCGGCGUGCAGAAGGUCAGCAGCACCACGACUACUAGCUGUAUGCUUGGAUGCAUGCGCUCUAGCGCCAAGACUCGCGAAGAGUUCUUGACUCUGCUGAAUCGCAGAUAA